CAUCAACAAACACAAUGUCAGACAAGCCAAUACCGGAUAUUUCAUCCAAAUUGAACGCGCCGAAGAAAGUUUCAGUAUUCGAGAAACAACGACAAGAAGCCGAAGCCAAACGGAUACGUGAAGAAGCAGAGAACCGAGCAGCACUACGAGAGUUUGAGGACUCGUUCGCCGAUGAGGAUGAAGACGACUUUGUCGCACAGAGGGAGCUGGAAGAAGCAAGAGAAAGAGAACGAAGACAACGAGACAGUAGAGCAAGCCCGGAAGCUGCAGUGAAGCGCCCAACCGUGCUGUUGUCCUCUCUUCCACGCAACACGACCGAAGCGACGAUACGAAGCUUGUUGCCAAAGAAUCUCAAGAUGGACGAUAUGGCCUUUGCUCCUUCCUCGACAGGCCACUCAUUGACCGCCGUUGUUGCUCUAUCACCAGACACAGCAUCUAGCGACAUCGAUAGCGCCGUCAACGCUCUCCAGCAGAAGUACCUAGGCUUCGGCUCAUACCUCAACAUCUCCAAGCACAUCACCAUCUCCUCUUCCAUCUCAUCCGUCCUUCAUACCGCGACUUCGGCAGUCCAAGUACAACCUUUUGGUGCGAAGCCAAUGCCUCGCGACCCUCCACCGUCACACUCAUUCCGGAACGCGCCUCCGCCAGAGUCUCUCCCUCCACAAUUGCGCCAUCAAGGUCCUGCUCCCUUGGUCGUCAACGUCACACCGCCGUCCGAUCUCAAACAACUCGCCACUAUCAACAAGACCGUCGAGAAACUCAUCACAUACGGCCCUGAGUGGGAAUGCUUGCUCAUGGCACAACCGGAUGUCCAGCAUGGAGAACAUUGGGCUUGGUUGUUUGACAACACAAGUCAGGGCCAUGUCUGGUACCGUUGGUUGGUAUACCAGUAUUAUGCCUCCCAACCACCUACGAAAGAAGUCCAAGACAUACAUCCAUGGUCAGUCAUGGACGAACUUGCACGCACAAACAAUCACGUCCGUCCAUUCGAUGAUGGCCCUUUCUGGAUCCCGCCGCCGGAGAAGCCCAAGUAUGAGCAUGCUCAGAAUUUGGCUGAUUUGAUGUCCGAUUCUGGUUAUGUCUCUUCGGACCUGGAUACUGAUGACGAGGAUGAUCACAUUGUCCAGACCCAAGGUGUCGCUCCUGAAGACACAUCCAUCUCACGACCACGCUAUCUAAACCCUUACCGCAAAGCCAAGUUGACCUUCUUCUUGAAUCAUCUACCCGACAGUACUGGGUACUUAUGCGAAGGUGAUGUCCAAGCAGUCACAGAUCUCGUCAUCAAAUUCUCUGGCCAAGGUGCAGAGGAAGUUGUUGACAUGCUUGUAUCAAAUCUGGAAAAUCCCUUCCGCUUUUCAGUCAACUACAAGAUCGAUCGUCCCACAGACGACAGGGAAGACCAGGAAAAUGACGAUGACGACAACUACGAUCCCGAAGUAGACGGCCCUAGAGCUUCCUUCGGCAUGCUAGGCGGCAACGACGAUGCCGACGUCGAGGAACCCCUUGCACAACCCACAACCACUACCCAACCUGAUCAAGACACCGACCACAAGGAAGAGCCAUCAACAGGCAAAGACAUUUCCGGCGCUCAAUUAGUAGGUCUCUAUGUCAUAAGCGACGCUCUAGCCGCAACCUCUGUCUCGGGCGUUCGCGAUGCUUGGAAAUACCGCUCGCUCUUCGAAUCAGCCCUGACCUGCCGUCAAGUUUUCGAGAAACUAGGCCGUAUGCCAAAGCAAUAUGGUUGGGGCCGCGUGCGUGGCGAGCAAUGGAGAUCCCGUAUAACCGUCGUGCUUGAUUGCUGGGAGAGAGAAAGCAUCUUUGCGCCGGAGAGCCAUAGGAGGUUCAAGGAUGUGUUUUUGAGUCCGCCGUUGACCGAUGCCGAGCAGAAAAUCAAGGAUGAACAGGAGAAGCUGGAAAAAGAAGAGGACUUGAAGAGGAGGUGGAAGAGUGGGGAGGGUUUGGGCGCUGCUCCCACACCGGAAGUCGUGGUGAAGGAGAUUACACCACAACCCGCCACAGUACCGCAACCUGCGCAACAGCCAGUCAAGCGUCAGAUAUCGAGACCAUCAGCCGCAGAUCUGAUUCUUGCAACUGCUGAUGGUGAAGCACCACCACCGAAGCCAGCACCUAAGUUGUCCAACUUCUCCAUGUCGUUGAACGCACCUCCUGCUACUUCAGUACCUGCAGAGGAAGUCAUAAAAGCCUCUCCCGCUAUGGGAUUCUCACUUGGCGGUGCUGGCGCUCCUAGCAGAUUAUCACUAGCAGGGUCAAAACCUGCCGAGCCUGUCAAGGAGAAAAAGAGGGAGAGCUUGGCUGUUUUUGGAGAUUCCGAUUCGGAAUGA